UACGCCGAAUGGAAUUUCUAUUUCUAAGAGCGAAUCCGUCAAUGUAUUGCAUACUAAAAUCUGGAAUUACUACUUCAACGAGUAUGGAAAUGUUUCUUUUAAUCUUCGUGCAGUCGAUAUCGAACGUAGAGAAUAUGUGUAUAUGGAACCUGAAAAAAAAAUCAGCGAUUAUUUCGAUAAAAGUCCUGCUGAAAUCUCGAUUCAUAUUCUCGUAGAAGAAGCAUAG